AUGGAUCCAGAAUUGGAUUUCCAAACUGCAAGCUUGGGUGUUGCAGCUAAAGCCAUGCGAAUUGACUUAAUAAAAUGGCUGAUUCAAUUCAAGACACGAAAGCUUGAAAAACGCUUAAAAA